AUGAGCAGGCUCGGCUUAAAGAAGACUCAUUUGGGCGUUGGCCAGAUUUACAAUGAGCUUCGAUCCAAAGGGGUCGAGUUCCCCAUGACGGAUCUAGACGCGAUGGCGCCCAUAUUUACACCGCAGAGGAGCGUGCCCGACGGCCCGGAGCAAGUUGUGGGCUCCCCUCAAAGAGCGGCGCCCCCUCAACACUCCCCGGGCCUUCAAACCCAGGAGCCCGUCACUUCUACGGUAACGCUGUCGGAUAGCCAGACGAGCAAGCUGCGCGCAGACUUGUCCGUGGUCGAAGGCAACAUGACCGUGAUGAACGACAUGCUCAACGAGCUCACCACUCAGCCGCACACGCAACACCACGACAGCGAUAUCGAGCUGCUUAAUGAGUUGGCGGACACGUUGCGCGCGAUGCAGAGCCGCGUGGCCGAGCUGGUGGCGCGGCUGGCGGGCGACUCGCCGCUCACCGCCGACCUGCUGCACGCCAACGACCGCCUCAACAACCUGCUCCUGCGCCACUCGCGCUUCCUCAACAACAGAGACAACGCCAACGACCGCCUCAACAACCUGCUCCUGCGCCACUCGCGCUUCCUCAACAACAGAGACAACGCCAACGACCGCCUCAACAACCUGCUCCUGCGCCACUCGCGCUUCCUCAACAACAGGUUUCUAUCUCCCCCUUUCGUUCUUUCUCCCUAUGUCUCUCUCUCUCUCUCUCUCUUUCUCUCUGCGGUGCUAGAGACAACGCCAACGACCGCCUCAACAACCUGCUCCUGCGCCACUCGCGCUUCCUCAACAACAGGUUUCUAUCUCCCCCUUUCGUUCUUUCUCCCUAUGUCUAUCUCCUCUUUCUCUCUUUCUCUCUGCGGUGCUAGAGACAACGCCAACGACCGCCUCAACAACCUGCUCCUGCGCCACUCGCGCUUCCUCAACAACAGGUUUCUAUCUCCCCCUUUCGUUCUUUCUCCCUAUGUCUAUCUCCUCUCUCUCUCUCUUUCUCUCUGCGGUGCUAGAGACAACGCCAACGACCGCCUCAACAACCUGCUCCUGCGCCACUCGCGCUUCCUCAACAACAGAGACAACGCCAACGACCGCCUCAACAACCUGCUCCUGCGCCACUCGCGCUUCCUCAACAACAGGUUUCUAUCUCCCCCUUUCGUUCUUUCUCCCUAUGUCUAUCUCCUCUCUCUCUCUCUCUUUCUCUCUGCGGUGCUAGAGACAACGCCAACGACCGCCUCAACAACCUGCUCCUGCGCCACUCGCGCUUCCUCAACAACAGGUUUCUAUCUCCCCCUUUCGUUCUUUCUCCCUAUGUCUAUCUCCUCUCUCUCUCUUUCUCUCUGCGGUGCUAGAGACAACGCCAACGACCGCCUCAACAACCUGCUCCUGCGCCACUCGCGCUUCCUCAACAACAGGUUUCUAUCUCCCCCUUUCGUUCUUUCUCCCUAUGUCUAUCUCCUCUCUCUCUCUCUUUCUCUCUGCGGUGCUAGAGACAACGCCAACGAACCGCCUCAACAACCUGCUCCUGCGCCACUCGCGCUUCCUCAACAACAGGUUUCUAUCUCCCCCUUUCGUUCUUUCUCCCUAUGUCUAUCUCCUCUCUCUCUCUCUCUUUCUCUCUGCGGUGCUAGAGACAACGCCAACGACCGCCUCAACAACCUGCUCCUGCGCCACUCGCGCUUCCUCAACAACAGAGACAACGCCAACGACCGCCUCAACAACCUGCUCCUGCGCCACUCGCGCUUCCUCAACAACAGGUUUCUAUCUCCCCUCUCGUUCUUUCUCCCUCUAUCUCCUCUCUCUCUCUCUCUUUCUCUCUGCGGUGCUAGAGACAACGCCAACGACCGCCUCAACAACCUGCUCCUGCGCCACUCGCGCUUCCUCAACAACAGGAACGCGGCUACGGGCGGCGCCACGCCGUCCGCCAUCUUGGGCGCUGCGAUGGGCGUGCCAGUUGGCGCCGAUUCCCCAGCCAAGAAAACUGACGACGAUGCCCUGAUUGACCUCAGCGAUGACGUGCCCGACGUCAGUAAACUAUCUGUGGGUGACGGCCCAGUGGGCAAGUCGCCGGGAAGUGCAAAGGACGAGUUCGACAUGUUCGCGCAAUCGCGCAACGUCUCCUACGAGACCACAAAAACCGGUGGCAGCAGCUACGCAGACAACUCUGAGGAGCUGGGCAGCGGUGGAUUGGCGGCCGCGGUCGGCCAGCGCCCCCUACAAGCUCCGCUGGCGGCUUCGGAGGCCAGUGGGACCCAGGAGAGCGUCACCAGUAGCGACUUCGACAAAUUCCUGGCCGAGAGGGCGGCCGCGGCCGAAAACCUGCCCAAUGUCAACGACGACAGAGGUCAGAAUUCCCCGCAGCAAACACCCAGGCACAGGCAGAUAAAAAAGGAGGAGCAAGAUUCCAUGUUCGCCCUC